UCUAGUUACUCGUAGAUUCUAGACAACAACACCUUGAACUUUCUAAUUUCCUCGCCACAAUUGGCCGUACAUUAAUUAGAGAAGCCCACUAGAUUUUAUCGAAAACCAUAAUCUAUUGGCAAAGUCAAACUAAUAACAAUGAGGUAGCAACACAAGAUCGAAAGAGUCCUCAAGUUUCGUAACUAGAUUCCGCAACCAUGCCCCCGCCACAACCACUCCUCCGCGUCCCAUACACAAAACCAUUCCCUCCGCCGACCAUAAUACCCACGAGCGCGACCACGGCCUCGGGCGCAAUCGCAGCACUCGUAGACUUCCUCUCCGCACCUGCGAGCACGCGGAUACGGCGCGACCACUUCCACCAUCAUCAUCAUGACCACUCGCUCCAGCACCACCGACACGCCUCCGCAACCACGAACACCAGCACCAACAACAUCCCACAACCCUUCGACACGCGAAACCGCACCCUGAUCCUCACUGGCGCAGGGAUAUCCGUGUCCUCGGGGCUGGCCGACUACCGCGGCACCAACGGCACCUACACGCUGAACAGGACGUACAAGCCCAUCUACUUCAACGAGUUCUGCGCCAGCCACGAGGCGCGCAAGCGGUACUGGGCGAGGAGCUUCCUGGGUUGGACGAACUUGAACCGCGCGCGGCCCAACGUCUCGCACGCUGCCGUCGGGAGGCUGGGCGAGCUGGGCGUCGUGGGCAGCUGUAUCACGCAGAACGUAGAUUCCUUCCACCCUCUCGCGCACCCGUCCCUCCAGACGCUCGAACUGCACGGCUACCUCCGCGCCCUCGUCUGCCUGUCCUGCGGGUCGUCCUACCCGCGCUCCGACUUCCAGUCCGACCUCGCCCGCCUGAACCCCGCGUGGUCGACGUUCCUGGAGGAGAUGCUGGCCAGCGGCGCGCUGGACACGGAGAACCCGGACGAGAGGCGGAGGAAGGGGAUGAGGACGAAUCCCGACGGCGACGUCGACGUCCCCGGCGCGCCGUACGGGACGUUUAGGUAUCCGGCUUGUCCUGUGUGCUUGGCCGCCGCGACUGCUGGGAGGAGGGCAGUUGUCAAGGUGGAUGAUGACGGGGCCUGGGCGACCGGGUCGACGGGCGGGAUCCUCAAACCUGCUGUCGUCAUGUUUGGCGAGUCCAUCGCUGCCGGUGUCAAGUUGGCGGCCGAGCAAGCAGUCGACACGGCGAGUCGAAUGCUGGUCGUGGGGAGCUCGCUCGCGACGUACUCGGCUUGGAGACUGGUGAAGAGGGCGAAGGAGCAGGGUCUGCCCAUCGCGAUACUCAAUAUCGGUGGUGUCAGAGGGGAGGACACAUUCUUUGCUGAUGUGCCAGAAACGAAUACUGGUAGGGACGCAGUCAGGGCUGGCGAGAACGCCGAUAAGGUGUUGCCGCAGGUCGUGAAGAUCAUGGAGGAUAUGCAAAAAUAGCGGCCAGUGUCAAUAGAUCCAUAGACUGACCUGGUGUGCAUGUAUAAUCUUAAUCAUCGCUUUAUGCAAAUGAGCAAGCAGCAUCUUGAGACAGUAGAGAUCAAACCACAAACUAUUCUGGAGACCGGAUAAAUAUAUAUCAUAUGCAUUGUUUUGGAAGUAAGCGGAGUUUUGUAUGUAAUGAUGUUGGAGAUACAUUCAUGAUGU